AUGACGACAAUUGCUCCGGAAAUCCUCCUUCUAUCUUUGGGAAACCGAUCGUCGCGGGCUGAUGUUGAGCAAGUCCAUGGAUCUUUAUUACAUUCUCUCGACUCCAGGUCCAAUGUCAGUUGGGCAUUCACUGCUCGUGAGACUUUUGAGCAUCUCGACCGCGAAGCACCACCACGCGGGAUUCUAAUAGCAAAUCCGACAAUUGUCCACCCUGAAUACGACGAGUUAUCCACGAAACUAGUAGCAUAUGUUCGAAAAGGAGGAAUCGUCAUACAUGGUGGCUUUUUCAGUACCGAUAUACGACCGGACGAUCUCGGAACGUACAUGCAAGCGAAGUGGGAUCUGCCUUGGAAAGCUGGUUCUUACUAUCGCACGACAUUAUAUCUGAAUCAGGAGGCGAUCCCUCGCUCCACUACCGGGCUCCUCUCCUCAUACAAUCAAAAAGCAGUCUUUCUCGAAGGUGUCAACCCCGAUGUAGCGUGGUACGUGAUCUCGGAUCGCUCUGUCGUAGAAUCACUCGCACCAGGGUCUGAGAUCAACAUUCUCGAAACUCCAGUUGCAUUUGCCCGAGCUGGAGAUGGAUGGAUUGGCUACCUUGGGGAUGUGAAUGGGGAAGUGGGGACUGUUGCAGUCAUCCUCAAGAUGUUCGGCCUGACCUAG